AUGUUCUUCAUCUGCAUCAUGUGGGGAUUUGACGGCCUCGCCGGCGGCGUAGUUGUCUCCAUCGCGGAAUUCCGACAAGACUACGGUACUGCUUACGAUGGGGACUAUGUCGUCGAUGCAAAUUGGCAAUUAGGCUUCCAGGCUGCAACUCUCUUUGGUCUGAUUUUUGGUGGAUUCGUAGCUGGAGUUCUCAUAGAUCGAUUCGGCCGUCAGCCCGUUAUAUUUGGCGCGUACCUAGUGUCUAUCGGUGGUGUUUUCCUACAAGUGUUUAGCAAGGAUCUUGCGCAGUUUUUUGGAGGCAAGAUUCUCACUGGUAUCCCGCUAGGCGUCUUCACAACAGCAGCUCCUCCGUACGCUUCGGAAAUGGCCCCGCUAGCUAUUCGUGGUUCGAUCACAGCCGGUAUGAACUUCGCGAUCGUGGUGGGCCAGCUGAUUGGCUACGGAGUCAUGCGACAGUCUAGCUACUAUGGCGAUGCUCGUGCUUACAAAGUCUUGUUCGCAACCCAGUGGGGGUUUGCCGUCGUCGGUCUUGCUAUAUUGCCGUUCUUCCCAGAAUCUCCAUACUGGCUCAUUGCACACAAGCGACUUGACAAGGCCCGCAAGAACCUCGAGAAACUUCAUAGCCCCGACUACGAUUUUGACGGCCAGGUUGCCGAGAUACAAGACUCCCUCAGCCUCCAAACACAACACAGCGAAUCCCAAGGUGGACUUCUUGAAUGCUUUGGGAAGGUCUCCUGGAAGAGGACUCUGGUUGCAACGAGCAUGUUCUUCAUUCAAAACGCUUGUGGCUCGGUAUGGGUGAUUGGUUAUAUGAGCUACUACUUUCAGCUCGCAGGCAUGAGUGCUUCGAAAUCUUUCGACACCACUGUCGGUCUCUGUGGAGUUAUGGUCGUAGGCAACAUGUGUGGAUGGUUCUUCGUCGACUGGUUCGGGCGACGAGCAACAGCAUUAUACGGGUGCAUAGCAUUGACAAUUACUCUUUUCCUGAUCGGCAUCUUGUCCGUGAUCAACGCCCCGGGUGCUAUUUGGGGACAAGUGGUCUUUAUGGCUGUCUGGUCUUUUGUUUAUCAAGGAACAAUUGGAGCUGUCGCCUGGCCUAUCGCGGCUGAAGCCCCUACAUCGAGGCUUCGUGCACCCACCCAGGCCUUGGCAACCAUGAUGAACGGUCUGUCCUCGUGCAUCUGGAGCGUGUCUCUUCCGUACGCCAUCAAUCCGGAUCAAGGCAACCUGGGAGGCAAGAUAGCCUUCAUUUUUGGAAGUGUCCUGGUUGCAGCCUCGAUUUUUAUCUUCUUCAUGAUUCCCGAGACAAAAGGCCGGACAUACAUUGAGAUUGACGAGCUUUGGGCCCGUGCAAUCAGCCCGAGAAAGUUCAAGCAGACCGAGUUGGUCGUGGUGCCGUCUGAGGAGCUAAAAGGGGCGACGGAUUAA